AUGUGGACAGGGGCUUCGGUUCUGGAUCAAUGUUCAUUGGUGUGGGUUGCUGUUCUUUGGUGUUCGAUGGGGUUCAUCCUGCUGUAUGGACCUGUGGAUGACCCAAUUAGGUCGAUUGAGGUGGUCCGAGGGGGGACGAACACCACUUCAAGUGAUCCGGCAUGCUCUGAGGAGGAGUGGUCAGAUGGGAACAUUGACAUAGCAGAGUUGGGGAAAGAUAGGUGUCCAAGUCAAUGUGGACAGGGGCUUCAGUUCUGGAUCAAUGUUCAUUGGUGUUUGUUUGUGUUUGUUGCUGUUCGUUGGUGUUUGAUGGGGUUCGUGCUGCUGUAUGGACCUGUGGAUGUCCAAAUUAGGUCGAUUGCAGUGGUCCUAGGGGGGAUGAACACCACUUCAAGGGGUCCAGUGUGCCAUGAUGGGGAGUGGUCAGACAGGAUCAUUGGUUGUAUUACCAGAUAUGCAAUUGACAUAGGAGAGUCAGGGAAUAAUGGUCGAUUGAGGUGGUCUGAGGGGGGACGAACACCACUUCAAGUGAUCCGGCAUGCUCUGAGGAGGAGUGGUCAGAUGGGAACAUUGACAUGCAAUAGACAUAGGUCUCCGGGUGUCCCUGUCAAUGUGGACAGGGGCUUCGGUUCUGGAUCAAUGUUCAUUGGUGUUCGUCAGUGUUCAUCAGUGUUCGUCCUGCUGUAUGGACCUGUGGAUGUCCAAAUUAGGUCAGACUUUGGUGGUCCUAGGGGGGACAAACACCACUUCAAGGGUCCAGCAUGCCAUGAUGGGGAGUGGUCAGACAGGAUCAUUGGUUGUAUUACAAGACAUGCAAUUGACAUAGGAGAGUCAGGCAAAGAUGUCAAUGUGGACAGGGGCUUUGGUUCUGGAACAGUGUUCUUCAGGUCAAUUGCAAUUGAGCUAGGGGGGAUGAACACCACGUCAAGCAGCCCAGCAUGCUCCAAGGGGGAGUGGUCAGAUGGGAACAUCAGAAUGUUAUAA